UCAAAAGAGCUUUUAAUCCUGAGUGGAUGCUAUUUAUAUUAUAGUAAAACAAUGAAGAAAACUAAGAGAAUAUGGAAUUAUGAUCAGAGAAUUCUGCAAUACUUUAUUGUGAUGAUUGUUUGGGAAGCAGUUUCUGGGCAGAUCCAUUAUUCCAUUCCUGAAGAGAUGCCAAAAGGUACUUUUGUGGGAAACAUUGCAAAGGAUCUGGGAAUGGAUGGGAAACAACUUUUAGAACAUGGACUUCGUGUCGUCAUUAAUACAGGUACAAUUCAAUAUUUUAUUCUGAAUAUCAACCGUGGACAUUUAGAAAUUUCCCAAUUAAUAGACAGAGAGAAAAUAUGCAAAGAGACAGAAAAAUGCAUAAUAAAAUUCCAGAUCCUUAUUGAAAGUAAACUAAAACUUUAUGGAAUUGAAGUAGAAAUCACAGAUAUAAAUGACAAUGCUCCUCAAUUUCUCUCAAAGGAAUGGACAAUGAAAAUCAGUGAGAUGUCAGCAUUAAAAGAACAAUUUCCUCUAGCAAAAGCUCAAGAUCCAGACCUGGGGAUGAAUUCUGUGCAAAACUACCAACUCACAGGUAGUAACCAUUUUUCUCUGGAGAUGCAAAGAGGCGAAACUGGCACCAAAUCUACUAAACUGGUGUUGGAAAAAUCACUGGACAGGGAAGAGCAAUCAGUUUAUGAUUUGAUCCUUACAGCUUUUGAUGGUGGUGAUCCCAUUAGGUCUGGCACAGUACAGAUUCAUAUCAUUGUUCUAGAUGCAAAUGAUAAUGUACCGGUUUUCAGCCAACACCUCUAUGAAGUGAAUCUUAAAGAGAACCUAUCCAAAGGAUCCACAAUAGCAACCAUAACAGCUAUUGAUAUGGAUGAAGGAAUCAAUGGAGAAGUAAAAUAUUCUUUUGAGGAAAUAAACAAGAAUAAAAAAAUGUUUCUGUUAAAUUCGACUUCAGGGGAAAUUAUCCUUGUGGGGAGCCUUGAUUUUGAAACAUCAUCAACAUAUGAAUUUGAAGUGCAAGCCAUGGAUGGGGGUGGGCUGAGUGAUAGGACAAAGGUUGUGAUUUUGGUUACAGACCUAAAUGAUAAUGCACCUGAGUUAGCCAUGACCUUUGUGAUCAACUCGGUGCCUGAGAACUCUCUAGCUGGAACUGUCAUUGCCAUUUUAAAUGUCCAAGACAGAGAUUCAGGAGACAAUGGAGAGGUUAAAUGCUCAAUUCCCAGCAACCUCCCUUUUUGGCUCAAGAAAACAAUGGAGAGUUUCUACAGUUUAGAGACAGACAAAGCCCUUGACAGGGAACAAUUGCCAACUUACUCUAUCACUGUUACAGCAGUGGAUAACGGGGCACCACCACUCUCUACAUCUGUGGUUAUUUCACUCCAGGUGUUAGACACAAAUGACAACCCUCCACAGUUUUUGGAAUCAAAAUAUACCUCCUACCUUCUAGAAAAUAAUCCAAAAGGUGCCUCAGCCUUUUCCCUUAAAGCAAGUGAUCCAGACUGGGAAGAAAAUGCCAGAAUAACUUACUCCAUCAUUGAUAGCCAAAUGCGGGACUCACCCCUCUCCUCCUACCUCUCCAUUAAUUCUGAGACGGGGACCGUCUAUGCCCUAAGCUCCUUGGACUAUGAGGAGAUUCAAGAGAUUCAGUUCCAGGUCAAGGCUCAGGAUGGCGGAUCCCCAUCACUCAGCUCUAAUGUCUCAGUGACUCUCUUCAUCUUGGACCAGAAUGACAAUGUGCCAGAGAUCCUGUACCCCUCCCCUCCUGCUGAUGGCUCCACUAGAAUAGAGCUGGCCCCUCGCUCUUCUGAGCCAGGUUACCUGGUCACUAAAGUGGUGGCAAUAGAUGCAGAUUCUGGUCAGAAUUCCUGGCUCUCCUAUCAGCUGAUCAAAGCAACAGAACCAGGGCUCUUCACUAUGGGACUCCACACUGGCGAGAUCAGGACUGCUCGGCUUUUUCUGGAGAAAGAUGCCCUGAAGCAAAUCCUGGUGGUUUUAGUGAAGGACAACGGCCAACCACCUCUCUCUGCCUCAGUCACUCUCACGGUUGUUCUGGCUGACAACAUCCCUGAAAUUCUCUCAGAUCUGAGCAACAUCUCAGCUCCUGUAGAUCCUCAGUCAGACCUCACAUUUUAUCUGGUGAUUGGUGUGGUGUUUGUCUCCUGCUUGUUUUUUACAUUUCUCCUUGUCUUAUUGGCCAUCAGAUUGUACAGGUGGAAGAAUUUGAAAUUGUUAGAGUCAGAAAGUGUACAUUUUAGUGGUGUCCCCGUGUCGCAAUUUGUUGGGAUGGAUGGAGUCCGAGCCUUUCUUCAGUCUUACUGCCACACUAUUUCACUCACCAGAGAUUCUAGAAAAAGCCACUGCAAUUUUCAUGAGGAAAACUGUUCAAAUACUCUGACCAAUCAACCUCUAACCUGUGGGGUGAGUGACCCUAUCCUAGCCUGUGGGGAUUUAAGUUUGAAGAAUGAUGAGCAAAUCUUAGUCAAGUGUGAAAUUGGAAGCUAUUACACUAAGAAGGAAAAACAAACAAGAAAGACAAUGACAGUAAUGGAAGCAAGCUACAUAAAUGGAAUAAAGGAGUUCAAUUUGAGGCAAGUACUUUUUCUGUUCAUAUUCUGGGAUUUGGUCAAUUGGGUGAUACCUGAGCAGGUUCAGUACUCACUUUCAGAGGAAAAGGAAAAGAAUUCCUUUGUGGGGAACCUUGCUAAAGAUUUAGAGCUGGAUAUUGAACAAUUACCAAAAUGCAAACUUGCUGUCUCUUCAGAAAAACAAUAUUUUGCUUUCAAUGAGCAAAGUGGUGAUCUAUAUGUGAAUGACAGAAUAGACCGGGAAAAAAUCUGUGGAAACUCACCUAUUUGUAUGCUGCAGUUAGAAGUUGUUGCACAUAAUCCUUUAAAUAUUUUCCACAUAAAAGUUUUCAUCCUAGAUAUUAAUGAUAAUGCCCCAUAUUUCCGAAAGAAAAAUAUCAGUCUCAAUUUGAGUGAGUCUCAUUUGCCAGAAGCUCGAUUUGCUCUAGGAAAUGCUGAAGACGAGGACAUUGGAAUCAACGCCCUUCAAGAUUAUCAUUUGAGCUCAACCCCAUAUUUCAAGCUAGAGGUUCAAGAGAGCAAAGAUGGUGGCAAAUAUGCAGAAUUAAUUUUGCAAAAGCCAUUGGACAGGGAGAAAGAGCACACACACCACUUGAUUCUUACAGCUUCAGAUGGAGGACAGCCAGUGAAAACUGGGACUCUUAACAUAGAAAUCAAUGUUAUUGAUAUAAAUGACAAUCCACCAGUCUUCUCCCAGGCAACUUACAAAACAAGUCUGAAAGAGAAUACACCUAGAGGGACUUCUGUGCUUCAAGUAAAAGCCUCUGAUAGUGAUGAAGGGUCAAAUGCUGAGAUAUCUUAUAUUUUCUGGGAAAAUCCAGAAAAUGUGAAUCAGAAAUUUAUUCUGGAUCCCACUGAUGGAACAAUUUCACUUAAGGAAAGCAUUGAUUUUGAAGACAGAGGAAGCUAUGUGAUGAUAAUACGGGCAAAUGAUGGAGGUGGACUAGUUGCACAUUGCAAUGUAGAGAUUGAGGUUCUUGAUGAGAAUGACAAUCCUCCAGAAGUAAUUAUUACAUCUCUAUCCAGCCCCAUUCUUGAAGAUAUUCUACCUGGAGCAGUGGUUGCCCUCAUCAAAGUCCAUGACAGAGAUUCUGGACUUAAUGGAGAAGUCACCUGUUACCUAAGGGAAACUGUACCUUUCCAGGUGGUCUCAUCAUCAGAUUACUACUUCAAACUCCUCACAGAUGGCCCCCUUGACAGAGAAAAAACACCAGUGUAUAACUUAACAAUUACAGCCACAGACCAAGGCAUACCUCCUCUUUCCACAGACAAAACCAUCUCAGUACCAAUUUCAGAUAGCAAUGAUAACCCUCCAGCAUUUGAAAAACUUUCCUAUGUUGCCUACAUUCCUGAGAACAACCCAUCUGGAAUGUCUAUUUUCCAGGUUAAGGCUUUUGACCCAGAUCUGGAUCGUAAUGCCCAAAUCACCUAUUCCAUUCUUAACAGCAAUGUCAAGGACCUGCCUCUCUCCUCCUAUGUUUCAAUUAACUCUGAGACUGGAACUCUCUACGCUCAACAAUCUUUUGACUAUGAGCAGCUCAGAGAUUUCCAGCUGCAAGUUCAAGCCCAGGAUGAAGGCUCUCCAUCUCUCAAUAACAGUGCCACAGUCAAAGUGCUUGUACUGGAUCAGAAUGAUAAUACUCCCCAGAUCCUGUACCCUUCCCAAACAACUCAGGGUUCAUCGUUGUUUGAGAUGGUACCUCGCUCAGCCGAUUUGGGUUAUUUGGUGACAAAAGUCGUGGCUGUGGAUGCUGACUCUGGGCACAAUGCCUGGCUCUCUUUUCAUCUCCUGCAGGCCACAGAGCCCUCACUCUUCAUCAUCGGCUCCCACACGGGAGAGAUCCAAACAGCUCGAGCAGUACUUGAGAGAGACAUUACCAAACAGAGGCUGGUCAUCAUGGUGAGGGAUAACGGACAGCCACCUCUCUCGGCCACCACUAGUCUCAACAUGGUCUUUGCUCAGAACUUCCAGGAGGCUCUUCCUGAAAUGAAUGCCCAACCUAAUAACUCAGAGGAUCAGUCCAAGCUCCAGUUUUACUUGGUUCUGACUUUGACUUUGGUAUCCUUUCUGUUCCUGGUGGCAGUGAUUUUGGCCAUUUUUAUGAAACUUCAAGGGUUGAGGAACCCCACUUUUUUUCAGUGCCUCAUUCCUGAUUCUCAUUCAAAGACUGGAACUGUAUUUCUUCCAAAUUAUGAAGAUGGGACUUUGCCUUAUUCUUAUCAGAUCUGUUUAUCCACUGAGUCCAGGAGAAAUGAACUGACUUUUCUGCAACCCAAUGUCCAAAUAGUGGAGAAUAUUCUUUGCGAGGAUAAACCUGAUACCUCUGUUAUGGUCAGUGAAGGUAACAUUUUUGAUUCUGGAAAGGGCAUGCAAGCACAACCUAACACAGACUGGCGUUUUUCUCAGGCUCAGAGACCAGGAACUAGUGGAUCUCAGAAUGGAGAUGAAAAUGGAACUUGGCCAAACAAUCAGUUUGAUACUGAAAUGCUUCAGGCUAUGAUUUUAGCAUCAGCAAAUGAAGCUGCUGCUGCCGCUGCAGCUAAUCCAGAUGGAAAUUCUACUCUGGGAGGAGGAGCAACAGCAGGUACCAUGGGGCUCAGCACCAGGUAUGGCCCCCAAUUCACCCUUCAACAUGUUCCUGAUUAUAGACAGAACGUGUAUAUCCCUGGGAGCACUGCUACCCUCUCCAAUUCCGCUGGCAAACGUGAUGGAAAACCAGCAGCCUCUGGAGGGGGAAAUAAGAAGAAGUCAGGAAAGAAAGAGAAGAAGUAGGACCCACAGGAUAACACAACCACUUCCACGUAAAUCUAAAGGGCAGACUCUUCCAGCACUCCCCCAGUUCAUAGCCUAGGAUGGAAGAUGAAUGUGAAUUUGUGGUUAAAAUUUUUUUAAAAUAUGGAACAUUGUGAAUGUACAUUGUUGUUGUCAUCUAAGUUUAUGAGUAGAUGUACUGCUGUUAUUCAUGAAGAAAAAUAUCUGAAUAAUAACAAAUACAGUGUAUACUCUUUUGAGGAUAGUGUAAUAUGCAAGGGUGUCAGAUCUUUGAAACAUUUUCUUUCCUGAAGAUCUGCAUCACCAACAAAAUUUAGGAUGGGCUCUGCUCAUUGUAAAUAAUUAUUCUGAACAGAGUUUUUUAUUUAUAUAAGUUCCUCCAUUUUUACAAAAAUUCUCACUUUUCCAAAUUUUGAUAGAAGUUCUUGGGGGGGAGGGUUAGACAUCAUUUCAGCUGGAAUCCUUGUUAUGAUAUUGAUAGGGAGUGCUUUAAUUCCUGCUUUGUUUUAAAAGAAAUGUGUAUCCUGUAUUAUUAUAAGAGAAUGAGAUUCAGCUACAUUUAUCUUUUUUACAAGUUUAACCAAUGAUGGCCAGAAAAAAAUUAAACUGAUAUUGUAAUUUCUAAGAAGCAAGGAGUGCAUUGCAAUGGGAAAAUUUUCACGCACAGAACAUGUCUUAGAUAUAAGCAAAACAGAGAACACUGCCACUCAUGACUGAUUUACAGUGAUCUCUAAAGAGGCAACACAUCUCAUCAUAGUAUAUAUGUACUAAAUGUUUUCUAGAAAAAGUUGAAGAAAAAAGUCAUUCACUUGUGAGCAUAGUGAACUACUGCUCCUUUGCUUGACUCCUGAGGGAGAUGUCUUUGUUAACUGGAUGAGCUCUGCUGAUCUUAUAGGUAGAACAUUAAAAAUAGAAUGCUUCACAUUUUUCUGCACAUUAAACUGCAUGCAAAUCACUUCACAUUUACAGGACAGCUGACUUCACACCCAAGUUUGAAUUGGGAAAUUUAUUGCAUGACAUGAACAGCAUGUUAAUAUGCUCUCAAGUGCCCACAUCAGCACUGUCUAUGAGUAAAGUUCACAAACAAGAUGCAUUGCCCUUCCUCAGAGAGAUUGGGAAGCUUGUGUAUUUCAUUUCUCUGUGCAGUAUAGCCAAAAAAUAAUGUUGGUUUUUUGGUCUUCACAAUUUGAUAUUAAAUAGAAAGUGACUGAUUUGGGACAGCUAAGGGACCAGGUCCAAUUAAGGUAUACUGGAAUUAGAACUGAACAAAUUGCAAAGCCAAUCACUUUAUUCCUGAACUUUUAUAAAUAUUAAACAAAUGACAUUGUAUUGAUGCAAUCAGGCAAUUUGAGACUCCUACCACUAACUCUUCUUGGAUAUGAAUAGACCUUAAAAUAUUAAAAAUACAAUUUGUGUUACUGUUUUGAAAUUGCUAGAUUUACUCUCUUAACUGCAUCAUUUCAUAGCCUAGUAUGGAAAAGAAGUAGGAUUUCCUAACUCUGGCCCAUUUGAUAAUGUAAUGGCACUCUGAAUCAGGUGCGAAAUUGUAAUGUUACUUGGCAACAUUGGUUGUCUUUCUAGAUAUAUUGUAGGUUUCCUGUACUAUCUCAUGGUUUUCUUUAUUGCAACAAAAGAGCCAUAAAGAAUCAGAGGAGCAUAUUUCCAACAUGGAGGGCGAACCACUUAGUCCAAGAACUUUUUUUACAUUGUAAUAAAUAGCUUGCUUGAAAUAGUCAGAACAGGUCAGUCUAUGACAAGUUUCCGAAGUUGCCUCCCAAACUGAUUGGCUAUGUUGUUGUCACUGCUAAGAGCAUUUUAUGAACUAUUUGAUGCUUUCCCUGUGUCUAGAAAGUAGGACUUGUCUACAAGACGUUUUUAUCUACAUAUGGAUUUUAUAGUGAUCCCAAACCCUUCUCCAUCAACUUUUUCUUUGGUGACUGCAUUAGAAACAGUUUACAUAGUUAGCGAAAUAGACAACAAACUAGUGGGAUGUUCUGUAGCAUGAGCCACAUUUAAAUGAAUGAGAGCACAAUAGUUUUCUUGUCACACAGCUCCCAUUUAUCUCAAUGCAGUUUGUGCAGGUACACCUCUGCUGUGUUGUGCCUAAAGCUUCUUAUGUAAUCAAGUAGUUAACAUGUGACCUUUCCCAAAGUACUGUAGAUGAAUCUUAGUUAAUCUUGUUUAUUUUUUCAUCUACACCUGAAAAUAGUGUAGCAGUGUGUAGUGAUGUGUGUUUUUUAUUUGUUUAAUCUUAGUAAUUGAGUAGUGGACAUCAGUAUUUUAUAUUCUUUUGGAUCUUCUUCAUGUGUGUUCAUUGUGCUUUUAACUGUAUGUGAAUUGAAACACACUUACUUGUCCCUCCAAUGUGUCUAAUAUUGAGCUAUACUUAUAUAUUAUAUAUAUGCUUAUAUUCUUCUUAUAUCCAUGUAACUGAUAUUGAUGUGUUAACACGCAAGUUUUAUACUCUAAUAUUUAUAUUGCUUUUUUCUUUGAGAAAAAUAAAAUCUUUCUUCUGA